CAACGUAAAAAUGCAGAAGUUCAGAGGGAGCUUUAUCACUUCCUGAGAAAGAACAGAUGCAGUUUGGUUUCAUUUACAUGAACUGUAGAGCCUUCUUGAGCUAGCCAGGCUGCUUUAUUUUAUAUUUUUUUAUUCUUUUCUUUUUUCCCUAAAUAUUGUUUUGUGCUUAGGCGAAGGAUCAAGUUGAAGCAUUUCACUCUGCUUGUGAAGAAGCAGCAUCCUUGAAGAGCAAGUUGGAGGAAGCCAUUUCUGAGAAGCAGAAGCUCAGGGAUGUGAAUGCUGCUUUAGCAAGCACUUGCCAAUUGCUUCAGGAGAAGGUGGAAGACCACAAAACAGAUCCAUUGCUCCAAAAGACCAUGGAAUGAAGGACCCACCUCAUGCUCUGACUUUCCCUGGGCACUGCCCUCGGGUGCUUUACACUGGCACAACUCCCCUCUUCUAGAUGCUCUGAGCUUGGAGACCUCCUGCCCAAAUAACCCUCCUGGGCACAGCUGGGACCAACCUUGCAGGCAGAGCUCUGGCAGCUGCACCUUGGAGAGGUAUGAUGUGGGACACGUGUCCAGCUCAGAUGUGACAUCAGCAGACUGCAGGUGGAAAAUAUGCUCUGCUGAUGACUACACUGAUGCAGACCUUCCUGUUUCCAUUACAAUGAUGGACUCUUCACUUGCUGAGAUCGACCAUGAGGAGACAACACCACCAGCCACGCUGAUCACAUCCAGUGAUCACUUAACAUCAGCCCAAGAAGCUCUUGCAUCCUCAGUGGAAGGCACAGCACCGCUACUGGACUGCCUUGUUAUGGAGGAAAGAUCAUCCAAGGGCUUACAUGAGAGAGGGGAAGAUGUGCCAACAUCCAUGGCAAUGGAGACACACAGCAAUAAGGAGCCAGCUGCUCCUGUGGCAGGAUCAAGUCAGAUCAAGAGGGAAUCCUCCCUGGACAUGGAAGAACACAAGCCUGUGUUUCAAAAUGUUUUGAAACAAGACCAGGAAGUGGACCAGGAAAAGAAAAAUAAUAAAGAGCGGAGUGAGGAAGCUCCAGCUGUGGUUCCCAGCAGGAAAGGGAGUUCACCCACUGCAGGUGGCAUUAAAGGAGAUAAAACCAAGCAAAAUGAGCCUGACUCUCCAAAUGAGAAGGAAGUAGAGGCUGAAUUUCUGAGGCUGUCUUUAGGUUUUAAGUGUGACUUGUUUACCUUGGACAAAAGAGUGAAGCUUGAAGAGAGGUCCCGAGACCUGGCUGAAGAAAACUUGAAAAAGGAGAUCACAAAUGCUGUGAAUAUGUUAGAGGCAUUAGUUCCUUUGUGUGAAGAAGAUAACCAGGCACAGGAGAUCAUUAAGAAGCUGCAGAAAAGCCUGCAGUUCCUUAGCCAAUAUGCAGCUCGAGUUGCCAGCAGAGCAGAGAUGUUGGGAGCUAUUAAUCAGGAGAGCCGGGUGAGCAAGGCUGUGGAGGUGAUGAUCCAGCACGUGGAGAAUCUGAAGCGCAUGUACGCCAAAGAGCACGCCGAGCUCGAGGAGCUCAAGCAGGUCCUGCUCCAGAACGAGAGGUCCUUCAGCUCCCUUGGAGAGAGAGAUGAAUCUAUAAAUAAGAAGCUGCCAGGUCCUUUUAACUUUAAGCCCUCGUCAGCCCUGAGGAGAGUUAGCAUUGCAACAGUGCCCAGGAGUGUUGGGAAUGCAGGGAUUGGGGUGCCACUGGCCCAGUUCCAUGAACCUGAUGGGGAUGAACGGAGUGACAGAUUCAGCAGGAGAUCAAGCAGUUGGGGCAGGCUAGGGGUGAAGCAGAAUGAGAAGCGUCCUUCGCUGCAAAGGUUCCUCAGCACCUAUUCCUGGGCAGAGUAUGAAGAGGAGCCUUUUGAAACCAAGAAUGAGCAGUUGGAAUCACCUGCUGAAGUACAGGAACAACCAACUAGGAAGGAAAGUGUCUCUGAAAAAGGAAAAUACCAAUCCAAACGGACCCUGGAGUCAAUGUACAAUUCGAUAUCAGCGUGGGCGUCCCACUUGAAGGCUUCUUUUUGCAACGCCAACAAAACCCUCUGGGUGUCCGUGUCUAUCCUGGUCCUGCUGGCUGCUCUCACCAGUUUCCUGAUGGGGCUGUCCCUGCAGAGGCCAGCAGAUGCAGCCCCUGUGGGCACUGGGGACUCCUGGAGGUUGCUGCAGCAGCUGCUGUGGCCCUACACAGGACUGCAGCACCACGGCCCUCCCCCAGUAUAACCCUGGCUCUACUGCCAGGGCUCCCUGCCACGCUGUGCAGGACAGGAGCUGAAGCUGGCCUUAUUUAAGGUUACUUGUCUGGAUUUGUUUUGUGGGGUUGUGGGUAUUUUGGGGGAGGAGAUGAAGUUUUUUCUUUAAAGCAUGACUUGAAAAAAAAAAAAAUUUUUCCCAUUCUGACAAAAGUCAUCUUUAAAAGUAGCUAAAAGGGUCUCAGCUCUACUGAGGUUCACAAAAGAACAGCAAUUUUGAAGGUAGCUAACAAUAAACGUGUCUAGGUGGUCUAGCCACAAUUGAAUAAAGAAUUUAUUUUGCUUGAACAAAGAUAAAAUGUUUGCAUUUUAGAACCUGUUUCAAUGUUUUGAAUAGAAAAGGAUUUAAGACUUGAAAUGUAACUUUAUUGAAAGCUUUUGAUAAUAAAGUUUUGAAGGAAAGCA